CUCUACACCAAGUUCAAUCAAAGGAUGUAAAAGCCUACACUAUCCACAUACUAAAUUUCUUGGUGCACUUAAAAAUCUCUACUCUUCUAAAUCCCCCCAAAAUAAGGCUAGGUAAAUAACCAUGGCCCAUAUAGCCCCUGUUACUCCCCAUGCACCAAAACCCUCAAUCUCCACAUUUACUAGAAAAACAUCCGAUUUCACAUCUCCACCAUUCCAUAAAUUCUAUGCUUGCACAACUGCUGUUCCUGAUCAGAAAACAUCUGUGCAAAGGAGGGAUGUUGCACUAGGGUUAGCAGGUCUGGUGUGGGGAUUGAGUAUUGGUGGUGGAAAUGCAUGGGGAGCCUCUAGGCGGCCGCCACCGCCGCCUCCAGAGGAGAAAAAGGACCCAAAUGUGACUGGUUUGGCAGCAAAGGUUCUUGCAAGCAAGAAGAGGAAAGAAGCCAUGAAAGAAACAAUUGCUAAGCUUAGAGAUAAGGGAAAGGUCAUUCAGGAGACACAAUAGGAUGUGUUUACCAGCAUUGGCUUGCCUACCUGAUUCUGUUUUAUUCAUUUCGGAAAACUUAUGAAUUUGAAGGAACAUGUGUCAUAAUGUCAAGGAUAUUCGUUGAUUUGCA